CUUUCCCCUUGUUGUCCUCCUGCUCGCCGGCAGCGGCGGGUCCGGGCCCCGGGGAAUCCAGGCUCUGUGGUGUGCAUGCACUAGCUGCCUGCAGGCCAACUACACGUGUGAAACAGAUGGGGCCUGUAUGGUUUCCAUUUUCAACCUUGAUGGGAUGGAGCACCACGUGCGCACCUGCAUCCCCAAGGUGGAGCUGGUCCCCGCUGGGAAGCCCUUCUACUGCCUGAGCUCGGAGGACCUGCGCAACACUCACUGCUGCUACACUGACUUCUGCAACAGGAUUGAUCUGAGGGUGCCCAGUGGUCACCUCAAGGAGACUGAGCACCCUUCCAUGUGGGGCCCCGUGGAGCUGGUAGGCAUUAUUGCCGGCCCGGUGUUCCUCCUCUUUCUCAUCAUCAUCAUUGUUUUCCUGGUUAUUAACUAUCAUCAGCGUGUCUAUCACAACCGCCAGAGACUGGACAUGGAAGAUCCCUCAUGUGAGAUGUGUCUCUCCAAAGACAAGACGCUCCAGGAUCUUGUCUACGAUCUCUCCACCUCAGGGUCUGGCUCAGGGUUACCCCUUUUUGUCCAGCGCACAGUGGCUCGAACCAUCGUUUUACAGGAGAUUAUUGGCAAGGGUCGGUUUGGAGAAGUAUGGCGUGGACGCUGGAGGGGUGGUGAUGUGGCUGUGAAAAUUUUCUCUUCUCGUGAAGAACGGUCUUGGUUCCGGGAAGCAGAGAUAUACCAGACGGUCAUGCUGCGUCAUGAAAACAUCCUUGGAUUUAUUGCUGCUGACAAUAAAGAUAACGGCACUUGGACACAGCUGUGGCUUGUGUCUGACUACCAUGAGCAUGGCUCCCUGUUUGAUUAUCUUAACCGGUACACAGUGACCAUCGAGGGCAUGAUCAAGCUGGCCUUGUCUGCUGCGAGUGGGUUGGCACACCUGCACAUGGAGAUCGUGGGUACUCAAGGGAAGCCUGGAAUUGCUCAUCGAGACUUAAAGUCAAAGAACAUCCUAGUGAAGAAAAAUGGCAUGUGUGCCAUCGCAGACCUGGGCCUGGCUGUCCGUCAUGAUGCAGUCACCGACACCAUUGACAUUGCCCCAAAUCAGAGGGUGGGGACCAAACGAUACAUGGCCCCUGAAGUACUUGAUGAAACCAUUAACAUGAAACAUUUCGACUCCUUUAAAUGUGCUGAUAUCUAUGCCCUUGGGCUUGUAUAUUGGGAAAUUGCUCGAAGAUGCAAUUCUGGAGGAGUCCACGAAGAGUAUCAGCUGCCAUAUUAUGACUUAGUUCCCUCUGAUCCUUCCAUUGAGGAAAUGCGAAAGGUUGUAUGUGACCAGAAGCUACGUCCCAACAUCCCCAACUGGUGGCAGAGUUAUGAGGCACUACGGGUGAUGGGGAAGAUGAUGCGAGAGUGCUGGUAUGCCAAUGGCGCGGCCCGCUUGACUGCACUGCGCAUUAAGAAGACCCUCUCACAGCUCAGUGUGCAAGAAGAUGUGAAGAUCUAACCUUGUUCCCUCUCCCCCUACACGCAACCCUGGGCAGCGAGAACUACACACAGCUGCCAUGUCGAGUGUACGACGGAGGCCUACCUCUCGUUUCUGCCCAGCCCUCUGUGACCAGGAGCCCUGGCCUGCAAGAGGGACAGAGCCCGGGAGACUCGCUCACUCCCAUGUUGGGUUUGAGACAGACACCUUUUAUAUUUACCUCCUAACGGCAUGGAGACUCUGAGAGCGAAUUGUGUGGAGCACUCAAUGCCACAACUCAAACUGGUUGCAGUGAGAGGUCCCGCAAACCCGCUGUGUCUGGCAUGAAGCCAGGAGUGGUGAAAGGGGUGGCCUGGAAUGGCCAGGAGGAACCGAGUUGCUGCCAGUGCUGAGCAGCACUGAGGGUGUUCCUCUAAGGACCAACCCACGGCACACCGAGGUGGCCCAGAGGAACCGAAGUGCAGCCCCUCUCACAGACAGCGCUGAGCCACGAGCUCCCCUCCUCUCUCACACGGACAUCUGGAGGGACUGCCAGUGGAAACGGAAUCUGCCGCCUGUCUGUCCAGCCGUGUGUGCAUGUGCCGAGGUGCGUCCCGUUGUGCCUGGUUCGUGCCACGCCCUUAUGUGUGUGUGUGUGUGUCUGUAGGUGUGUACUUACCUGCUUGAGCUUUUUGUGCAUGUUCAGGUCGGGGGGUGGUUGUCAUGCCGUCUCUGUUUGCUGGUGCCUCUGUUCAGUAGUGAGCAGCGUCUAGUUUCCCUGGUGCCCUUCCGUGGAGAUCUCUCCCUCCCCUCUCGCUCCCCAGAGCCCCCCAUGCCACGGUGGUGUUCCCUGCCCUUCCUUGUGUCAGCACAGUUCUCCUUCUCCAUUUCAGACUGUGAAGCCAAAGCUGGCCCACUUGUCCAUGGCAGAAGAGGCUUUGGGGUCACAAUGUGAGGGAGGGAGGUAGGAUGGGCAGGGAAAGAAUCUUGGUGGAAGUCUUGGGCAGUGUGAUCAAGCCAGCCCAAAGGCGGCAUCCUCAGCAGCAUCAAGGAAGGGCCAAGGAAUUUGAAGCAAGAUCUUGGGACUCAGAUUGGAAUGUGACAUCUGUCUUUCAUAUCCCAAAUUCUGGAAACAGCAGUGUACAUGU